GGGGAAAUUAUUAGCAAGUGUUUGCUACCACCCCCGUUUAAGCCUACAGCCUCAGUCCCCAGCCUAGGUCCCCUCCACCAUCUUCCCUCACUGCCCUGCACCAUGCAAACCAGCCUGGCACUCUGAAAAAUCCAUUUUCUCCCACAUGACUUAAAGAGGUUUCACCUGUGGAUUAUACGGGGGACAAACAGGAUGAACACCAUGCACUGAGAGGGCCAAAAACAUCACCUGGGUGGAACCGAUAGGACUACACAGGCAGAAUAUCAACCACAUGACUAAAUCCGACUGAAGGUGCAGGAGCAGUGUCCACCUCUAACACCACGAUGGACGGCCAGAAUGAAGACGCUGUACAGUCAAGCUCUCCUAAAGUCGUAAGCCAUGGUUUCAUGAGAGUCUUAAACCGUCCUGCACAAUGGCUGAUCAUCAUCGCUCUUCUGGUCUCAUGGUCGGCAGCUGGCAUUUUCAUGUUCGACUUUGUGAGCGACACCCAGCUGACCAAUCUUCAAGAUAUAGGUUCUGAUCCAAUAACAGCGGUCAAUAAAGCUGUUGAAGGCAUUGCAGACAGAAUGAGCCACAUGAAUGACAUUUUUAGUGAUGCUCAAGAGUACGUCCCUAAUGUGAUCUCUGAUCCGAUGGGCACUGCUGUCCAGUGGACUGACACAUCUGUGACAUUUCUAUCAGGAAUACUUGGUUCUGGGAAUGAAGGAGUCACUGGCGUCUUUAAGCUCGGGACUGAUGCACUGGACGAAGUGAACGACUGGGUUCGGGCCCCAGUUGGCCAUCUGUUCCACAUGUUUGAAGACACGCUGAAUGCAGUGAUUGUCCAACCUCUGGAAAUGGUCGGUGAAGGAGCUACAUUUAUUUCAGACGUAGCUGUGGCCGUCUCAAACUCUGUCUCAGGCCUGUUCAAGGGCAUUGGAGCUUGGAUCCCUGCGAUGAGCACUAGUCCCAUGGACUUAGCCAACAAUGUUCUGGAAGGAGCAGGAAACCUCAAAAACACCGUCUUCACAACUGUAUCCAACCUGUUUGCUGGCGAUGAAGGUGGCAUUCCCGACAUUAACUUUGAUCCCAUGAAAGUUGUCACAGACACUGUUGAGGAGUUUGCUGAUAGGAGAGACAUGUUCUUGGCGUAUCUCUCUAACAUCCUGAUGGAAGAUAAAGAAGAGGCACCACAUGUGAUCCGAAGGAAAGGAGAAUUUCUGCCACCUUUGGAAAAAGUUCUAGAGCAAGAAAGAAUUGCUAAAGAGAAGAAAGCCAGGGAGGAGGUGUUCAAAGUCCUCCAAGAGCUGAGAGCUGAGAAGGCAAAGAAAGAAGAGAAGGAAAAAGUAGAGAGAGACAAGAAAAAAGAGAAAGAAAAAGAAGAGGUGAUGAAGGAAAAGGCUAAACUAAAAGAAAAGCCUGAAGAGGACAUUAGUGUGUUUCUCAAACCUAAAGAGCCAGUAAUCAAUGAGGACAGGAUUAAUGCUACAGUUAAAGAACAUGAGCUUGUAAAAGAAAAGCCAACAGCAUCACACAAAGACAUAAAGGUCACCAAGGAGAAAGCUGAAGCAGUCAGUGUGAAGAAAGAACCUGAACCUGCUCCAAAGGAAAAAGUAAAACCUGAAUCUGCUCCAAAGGAAAAAGUAAAACCUGAACCUGCUCCAAAGGAAAAAGUAAAACCUGAAUCUGCUCCAAAGGAAAAAGUCAAACCUGAAGCUGCUCCAAAGGAAAAGGCGAAACCUGAACCUGCUCCAAAAGAAAAGGCAAAACCUGAAACUGUACCAAAGGAAAAGGCGAAACCUGAACCUGCUCCAAAGGAAAAGGUCAAAACCUGAACCUGCUCCAAAGGAAAAGGUGAAACCUGAACCUGCUCCAAA